AGGAGGGCACCUGUCAAGAGGAGGAGGCGGGCACAGGCCGGAUGGGAAGUUGGUUGUGAGCCGGAGCUGGGGUGGGAAGUGCCCCCCCACCAGUGCAGAUCAGAUUUCCAUCCCCAGAUCCUGGCAUGCUCAUCCCUUGCCCCCUGACCCCUCUGCUGCCAGCAUCCGGGGGGGCAUUUCCCCAGGGCAGCAGCUGACGUCAACAACCCUAAACUGCCCCCAUUGCAAGCCCCAGUGUAGGGGGCGUGCCGGGGGGUGGGGGCAGGAGGGAACGCUCCGUACGCUGCUACCGAGAUUUCAGGCUAGGGCACCCUGGGGAGCAGUCUGAUUUCCACCGGGAUCUGCUUCACCCCCAAGUUCAGCCAGGGCCCAGGCUGUCUUCAAGCUCCUGCCCCACCCCUGCAGCGCCUCCUUAAGGCUCAGCACAAAAACCUUGCCCCGCACCUGCCUCUGUCCCGAGACAGGAGCAUCUCUCUCUGCUGGCUGGAACGGGCAGCCCUGGGAGCAGCGUGGGUACCCCCUUAACGGCUGCUCUCUUCCCUCCUCUGCCCAGCAGAUCUAGCGCAAGGCAAGGCCGCGGCCCCGCUGGCGAAGCGAGGGGCUGGCCGGCAGGGCUGGAAAGAGGAGCCCGGGAGGGAAGGCGAAGGCACCCCCCUGCCCGAGGACCUAUCCAAGCCGUUCCCUCCCCGCUGGAUCGUUCAGGUUCCGUCUCCUGCUUUGACCUGGAAGGAGAGAGGCCAAGAAAGCUCUGGGCUCGUCACUCAACAAAGGACUCUUUGUUACAGCCUCCUCCAAGGAAACCAGACCCCCUCCUCCCCCCAUCCGUGGGGCGGAAAGCGAUCCGGACGGGGCUGCCGGCUUGGCUGUGCCCUCUCUCUCCUUCCGCCGGCGCUGGGGUUCUGCUCUAUGUGGGCCAGUCUCUUCCGCAGCCUGCCUCCAUGAUGCUGCCCUUCUUCCUGGCUCUCCUGCUUUGGGUCCUAGCGGCAGGAGCCACCAAGGCCUGCCCGCACCUGUGUGUCUGCUACGAAUCCUCGGAUUUCGUGGACUGUCGUGGCCGGCGUCUGGCCCACGUCCCCCGCAGCAUCCCGUCCAGCACGUGGCUCCUGGAUCUGAGGCACAACCACCUGACCAGCCUUGAGGCAGGCUCCUUCGACGCCCUGUGGUCUAUGAAGAUCUUGCUCCUGGCCCACAACUCCGUCGGCCAGCUCUGGCCCAAGGCCUUCACGGGCCUGGGCUUCCUGGAGAAGAUGGACCUCAGCCACAACCUCCUGGCCCAGCUGCCUGCUGACUUCUCCGAUGAUCUGGCCUCCCUGAAGGAGCUCAAGGCGGCCUACAACCGGCUGUCGGCCGUGGGCUAUGAGAGCCUGCAGCAUCUGGAGAGCCUGGAGAAGCUGGACCUGAGCUACAACCAAGUGGCUUCCAUUGAGAAGGGGGCCUUUCGGGGCCUGUCCAGGCUCCGGUACCUCUACCUCCAGUCCAACCGUUUGGGGGUUGUUCACAACGGCUUCUUCUCCAUGCUCCAGAACCUGGAAGUCCUCUUCCUUGGCACCAACAACAUCAGCGCCAUCGAGCUGGAGGCCUUCACCUCCCUGCACAGCGUGAACCUCCUGGCCUUGACCGGCAACCAGCUCAUCCACCUCAAAUUCAAGACCAUCCUGAACAUCCAGACACCUAGCACCUACCUCCAGCUCGCCGGCAACCCCUGGGCCUGUGACUGUGACCUCCAGCGGGUCUUCAGCAAGAUCCUGAGCGUCCGCCACCUCCACGUGGAAGACUACGCCAAUAUCACCUGUGCCAGUCCCUGGCAGCUGGUCGGCUUGCCUCUGGUUUCUGUGGACGCCCAGCUGUGCGUGGCCGAGACGGCCACUGUCCUGGUGAUCACGGUCACCGUCCUGGUGACGGUCAUCGCUGCCAUAGUCAUGGCGGAGAGGAACAGGAAGAAGAGGCAGGAGAAGAACUGGAACGAGUUGGACGGCCCCUUCGACCUGCAGGAGAAGUGAGAUGAGGGGUGGGAAAGCCGGCGCCUGGUGCGUGAGAAGCAGCCGGGUCCUUUGCCGCGGCUUUUGAGCUCUCCUGGAUCCGCGCUGACGGGCCCUAUUCCCAGCUCCCCGGGACCCAAGCCCAGAUGCCUGGUGUGGGGACGGUUUAUCCAGCGCCGCCCUGCCCAGAGCCACGGCUGCUGCACUGACCGCAGGGGCCUCCCACUUGGUCCCGAAACGUGCACCUGGACAUGAGGGAAAUGAUUUCCCUGCCCCCCAUCCCCACAAAUUGUCCCCUCUCCAAAGGGCAGGGGCUGAGAGCUGGGCCAGGUCCCUUCCUUUCACCGGCUCAUCGCCACGCCAACGGCUGCCCUGCCGCACCCCUGCACCUGUCUCCCCUCCCCGGCAUUCAAACCCUCCCUCGGGCACCCCCGCCCCCACAUGCUGCCUUUUAAUAGCUGCCCUCAGUGACGCCUCUCCUGCCCCCUGCUGGCCUAUGGGGGGAUUGCACAGAUGUAGCCGACUAGAACGUGGUGAAGCGGGGGAGGAAGGGAAUCUCAUCCCCUCCCCGCCCCCCCCCCGACUACGCUGGCUCCACAGGGCUGAUGGGAGGGAAAAGGGAACGGUGCUCUGGUUUUGCCCCUCAACUCAGCAGUUCUGGCUCCGUGAGGCCUUGCAGCCCUCCCCUACGAGGCAGGGAUUACCCCUGCCUUACAACUGGGGAAACUGAGGCACGGCACCUCGGUCAAGGUCAGCGCAGCGAUCUGGGAAUAGAACGCGGGGGUCCUGACGCUCGAUCCCGCCGUUCUCAGUCCCCCGCACUCUGCGCCGAGCUGGCCCGUUGCCGUGUGGGGGCAGUGUUAAAGCGCUGCCUUGUGGGAAGCGCUGGUUCGGGGCGGCUGGGGCUUCUCUUGGCUUCUCCCCCUGGAGGCCAGGUGUGAUGAAGUGGGACUGUUCUUAAUGGUUCCUCUGAAUAGUGUGGGGGUGCCUCAGUUUCCCCUAGGCAGUUCUUAAGUAUCUAGGUGGUGGGGUAAGGGUGUAUGAUCAUUGCAGAGCCCUAGAGGACAGGUGUGUGCAAGGGUCUGGACACAGAGAAUAGCCGACACCCUGUUUCCUGGCACCUGAUGGGCUGGGCCCUUCCCCCCUGCAAGGUGAGAGCUAAAGGGUUGGAGAACAAAGGAAUCAGGUGGGAAAGGGACAAAGCCCAGAGGAGGAGGGGGCUGGAGAGAGUUUCAAUUUGGGGCUGGCUGGAGACAUGGAGUGAAGGGGCAGACGUGGUUGUCUGGCUCACUGCCCCCCAAAAUGGACCCGGCUGAGGGGUCUUGUUCUCUGCACCUACAAGCUCUGUUUUAGACCAUCUUCCUGUCGUCUAAUAAACCUUCUGUUUUACUGGCUGGCUGAGAGUCACGUCUGACUGCGGAGUUGGGGUGCAGGACCCUGCCUGAGCGGACUCGCUGUGGGAAGCGCACGGAGGGGCAGAGGAUGCUGAAUGCUCCAAGGUCAGACCCAGGAAGGUGGGAGCUGUGUGUCCUGAAGACAGGCUGCUCCCAGAAAGGCGACUUCCCCAGAGUCCUGACUGGCUUCAUGGGGAGCAGUUCCAGAGCAUCGCCCGGGGACCCCGUGACACCAGGGCAGUGGGUGGGGAGCUGCAAGGCAGAGCUGGUUGUUUGCUCUGCAAGUGAAACCUUGUGGGCUAGUGGGGGGCCCUUGACUCAGUGGCCGGAAGGAGCCAUAAGGUUCCACCCACCUGCUCCACAUCAAUCCUGAGGCCAGGGCUGCCUGGGGGAAGCUUGCCUAGGAGCUCUGGCCUAGUUCUGACCCUCCCUUUGCACCUAAACCAACGCCCUGAAGAGCACAGAGGCCUCGGCAGCAGGGUACUGGCUGUGGUUGCAGGGUGCUGUCCAGAGCCUCUGGCUAGCCCUCAGCCCCCCUCCCAGCUGGCCCAGGGGUGCUGUGAACCAUGCUCCAAGCCACAGGGCCCUGGCUGCACAUUCACCCCCUCGGCCCAGUCCCGGACCCAGCCACACAGCUCAGCAAAAGGCAGCAGCUCUGGAUUAACCAGUGCAUUACAAAUCCUCCCGCCGGAGGGCGAGCGGCUGGAGAGCGGGGCCGCGUCCAGCCCCGCCAGGAGGCCCGAGUGCCUCUUGGAGGGAGAAGGAGAGUGGGGAUUAGGUCAGGUCAGGUCGUGUGUUUGGUGUCACAGAUGAGCCAGGCAGCUCUCCUGGGGGCCAGGAGAUUUUACGAUUUGUGGGGCAUGAACCUCUCGGCUUGAUCUGGCAAGGAAUGUGGGAGCAACAGGACAGCUGGAGGGCGGGGGGCAGACUAGGGAUUGUGACACCUGAGCACGUUCAGUGGUUCUGUUCCAGCUAAGGGCCUGAUCCUGCGAGGAGCUGCUUGCCUGGGGCUUCCCCUAAUGAGGAAGGGCUGUGCGUCUUACAGGAUCAGGCCCUGAAUCACCUCCCCACUCAGGCUCCUGCUAAACAGUCCUGCAGGCAGAGAGCAGUGCUGUGUUUUGAGCCGGUCCCAAAGCUCAUGUCUGCCAGCAGCUCUUCGGGCUGGGGCAAAUCCCCUGUGGAGUCCUCUACUGGGAAACCUUUGUGUCAAGGGUUUCCUGGCUGCUAAGAUAAUUAACGAUGCUCUUCCCAAUGGUAGCCUUGUACAGCCGCCA